GGAAGAAGAAGAAAGCAGCAGCAGUAGAAGAAGAAGCCGUUAGCAACGUUAGCUCGUUGUUGGGGCUUUGCAGUAAAUGUUUUCUCUUCAGUCACUGGGAGAGUGUGUCAGUAAAAGCGACUGACUGCUGCUGCUGUAGGAAUAUUCUAGCCAGGCCGGGGAAACUUUAUUCUCUUCCUCAACAACUUGGUGUGAGUUAUUUCCAGAACCAGAGGAGAUAUAUACGUGACAAUCGGAGCUCAUUAGUGAGGUCAGCAGAAAAGCUUUUCUUCCUGCUCUCUGGAUCUGCUGCUGUUCCUGUCCUCUCUGAGAAACGCGCUCGUUUAGCCAUCAAUUGUAAGAGUUUCCCUUUUGCAGUCACGGUGAUUUUAGUCGGCCAUGCUGCUCUGGUCCGUCCUGUUCAGACUCACUGACGGAAAAGCCCCGAAUCUGAAUUUUACUUUGAAAAACAGCUGUUAGCAAAACACGGCUAAAUCGAUCAGCUGUGACCGAUCAUCGUAACCUCAACCGAACGUCUGUUCCAUAUGGAUCUGAACAACAUGACGUCAGCCUAGGAAUCCAGACAGAUGGUGACAGAAAGAAUUUUGCUCUGCAGCUUGGUCUAGCUACUCUCCAGGGAAGCGUCAGCAGGUCCGAUCACUUUGAUGGGCAGGAUGUUAUUGUGAAUGAGUAAAACAGCUAAAAUGGCAGUGGCUCGUUUAAAAUGGCUUUCGCAUCAACUUUGGACUAUUUAGACUUGGGCUCCUCUUAGGGCCGUACGAUGUGACGAUAUAAGAUUGUUAAGCAUUAUAAAGUGAUGGCGAUCGGAGAUCGUAGAACUGUCUUUCUAUCACCUGUGCCAUUAUUCCUGGAUGGUCUACUGGCACACAUUUUUUUCACAGCCGAGUCACGCUAUUUUAUAGUCGUCUUCUGUCUGCACAACAGACACGGAUGAGCCAAUCAGAGCAAGGUAAAGGCAGCGUGUUGGUUUGUUUAGCUGAGGUGCUCUGUAGAGCUGAAAAUAAGCUAAUCGAUGCAUUAAACUGCGGACAUAAACUAUUAGGAGUCUUUGAAGAAGCACACCAUACUCGAUCAUAGCGGCUAGCAUUAGCUACUAGCUUGCACAGUUUUUAAGCAGUUGUUACGUGUAAUCUCAAACAUCUGCUUGUUCAAGGAACCUCGGGGUCAGUGCUCUGCUCUAAACUUUGCAUUUGGCUUUGUGGCUUUUAUUAUUUGGAGAUUGUGUGUGUGUGUGUGUGUGUGUGUGUGUGUGUGUGUGUGUGUGUUAGCGAGUCUUUUCACUGUGGUGGAGAGGGUGCUCGCUGCAGAACUACAAAGGCGGAGCUGCACCAGAGUCAGCCCCGCCCAUUCACGCAAACUCAGCCUAGCCCACUGACUUCCGUUUUUGUUUUCAACUUUAUCGCAAACUGACCUGACCCACAUGAAUUACGGCUGUUACUAGUUUACAGUCGUUAAUGCUAUGUUCUAUGCUCCAAUUAAACAAGAUAAAUAUAACUUGCUACAUGACAAAGUCUGAAUAUAUCCCUAAAUAAAAAGGUUUCUCUUAGCGAAUAUCUGCCCACAGCCGCUCUAACAAAAGUCCUGUACAACAGCAUGUACCAUUACUAUGUCGGUUUGUUAGUCCAGUGGCAAGAUCGUCUGAGUUGAGUUUUGCUUUCCCCUCAGCUGAUGCUGGUUCGAUUCUCGGUGAGGUUUGCAACAAUCUAUUUAGCCAGCUGAAACAUUUAAUUUGUUCAUAUUUUAGUUGUAAUGUUCAUUUUCAGCAAAAUAUUUAUGUCUCUACAAGUUUUUUGAAUUUGGUCGUUCCUAAACAGCAUUUUAGUUGAAACUCUGCUCACAGAUGGACUCACACUGGCUAAAUAAACGAAUGAAUAAAUAAAAAAAACACAUUAGUCAUUAUAUGUUAAACGGUAUACCAGUAAAUUGUUGUAAACAGUACUGGCAAGUGUAGCUAGAAAUGAGGAAAAGAGAUUAUAGGAAAUUUCCACUGCUGGGAGGCGUACCUGUGCAAAACUGCAUGUCAACCUGACACCAUCACCACUACACCACCACAUCUGAUAAAAAUUAGGUGGCGUUACAUUUUGUUAUGAUAUUCGGUGUGUCUUUGGAGAUGGGAUGUAUGGUUUAUUGGCGGUGUCUCAGUAGAAGUCAUUUUCAGAAAUUAUUUGUCAGAAAAUUCACAGAAUAUCCAGAUUUGAGAACCAAGACCAGACCCGCUUCGGGGGAGGAGACCAAAUUGAAGCUGAGAUGGGAAGAAAAUGCAUGAAUGAGACCAAAAAUGGCUUUGGCGUGUUUCUUAUGAGGAAAUGACAAUAUAACAUGAUUAAAAGUUCCAAAAGUUAGAUUUUUAAUUAUAUGGAACCUUUACAAAAACUGUUCAAUUCACUUCUCAACUCCGUCCUCAAUCUUGCAUUUUUUUAGCUAAAACACCCUCUUUGGUUCCAGAAUGCUAUAAAGUCUGACAACUGGAAGGAAUUGGACUGACUCUGAUAGAAUGGGCGGGGCUGAUUCUGGAAUGGGCGGGGCUGACUCUGGUGCAGCUCCACCUUCUGGUGCAGCUCCGCCUUUGUGGUUCUGCAGCGAGCACCACUUGGCUGUGGUGGCUGACUCAAUAGAGCUCCGGACCCCACGUGACUCUCAGUUAGUGGACGCCAUUUUGGCAUGCAAAAAAGGUAAACAAACACGGAUGUAAACAUGAACGGGAUCCGCUUGGAUUUUACUUCGUCGGAGUUUACUUCACACUUUAAAACAGAAGAAAUCGUUUUAUAUAGUCAGAAAUUAAAUAGACUAAACAUCUCCGACCCUUACCGUGCCCCUGGGAUACUUUUUAAAAACGCCAGAAGAUGUCGGAGCGGACUUCUUACCGGCACAACACCAGACCUGGCCGGGGGAACCCCUUGGGAUUCCCCCGGCCGGAGGAGCUGGGGAGAAGGUCUGGGACUCUCGACUCUACUGCCCGCUCCGACGCCAGAAGCUGUCGGAGGGGGCUUCUUACCGGCACAACACCGGACCUGACCGGGGAACCCCUUGGGAUUUACCCGGAGGAGCUGGCUCCGGCGGCUGGGGAGAGGGAAGUCACGCUACUGCCGCCGCAACCCGACUCCGGAUACGCGGAUGAAAAUGGAUGGAUGGACGGACAAAUAACAGAUUUACACAUGCUCAACAGGUGGUACCGGUUAAAGAAGAAGAUCCUAAAGAACAGAGUGCUGGUGUGGACCAGCAGGACCCAGAGCACUACCACACUAAGGAGAAACAGGAGGAACACUGGACCAGUCUGAAGGGAGACCACCUUCAUUUGGAGAAAGACAGUGAUGCUGCUAGAUUUCCAUUCACUGGAGUUUCUGUAAAGAGUGAGGAUGAUGAAGAGAAACCCCUGUUCUCACAGCAACAAAUAGAAGACAGAUCUGCUCAAACGAACAGCUCAGCUGACCAGAUGACAGCAGAAACUGAAACUAGCAUGAGCCCAGAUCUGAACCCUCAUGAACAGACAUCCGAUUCUUCUGAGACUGAAGUUAGUGGAGAUGAUGAAGAGAAGGAUGAUGUGAAUCUAGACUCUGUGCUGUCAGACUCUGGGUCCAAAACUGGAGAUGGAGACAAUGAUUGGAAAAAGAGCAGGUCUUAUGAGUCAGAUGUUAAGACAGUCAACAAAUCCUUCAGCUGCCCUGAGUGUGGUGAACAAUUUCUCCACAGGUGGUCUUUUCAGAAACAUUUGAGAAUGACAAGUCAUUCAGCAGUGCGGCCUUCGGGCUGUUUGGGUAAUAAGGAAUGUGUUACAGUGAGUCAAAGUGGAGACUCAUGCAGGGAAGUCCAGACAGAACUAAAACCCUUUAGUUGUGAUGAUUGUGGAAAAGGAUUUAGUUCAAAAUCUAAUUUAAACACUCACAUGGAAGUCCAUUCUGCCCUGAAACGUUUUGCUUGUGAACACUGUGGAAAAAGAUUUAGUUCAAAAUCUAAUUUAAAAACUCACAUUAGAAUUCACACAGGACUGAAACCUUUUGUUUGUGAGCACUGUGGGCGAAGAUUUAACCAAAAGGCACAAGUUAACAGUCAUAUGAGAGUCCACACAGGACAGAAGCCUUUUGCCUGUGAGUUUUGUGAACAGAGAUUUAGCCACAAGCAAACUUUAAACAUACACAUGAGUGACCACACAGGACAGAAGCCUUUUGUUUGUGAGUUCUGUGGACAAGGAUUUAACCAAAAGGCAACUUUAAACGGUCACAUGACAGUCCACACAGGACAGAAGGCUUUUACCUGUGAGCUCUGUGGACAAGGAUUUAACCAAAAGGCAUCUUUAAACAUUCACAUGAGAGUCCACACAGGACAGAAGCCUUUCACCUGUGAUCUCUGUGGACAAACAUUUAACCAAAAGACAAAUUUAAACAGUCACAUGACAAUCCACACAGGACAGAGGCCUUUUGUUUGUGAGUUCUGUGGACAACGAUUUAGACAAAAAACUACUUUAGACAGUCACACAAGAGUCCAUACUGGACAGAAGCCUUUUACCUGUGAGCUAUGUGGACAAAAAUUUAACCAAAAGACAACUUUAACCAUUCACAUGAGAGUUCACACAGGACAGAAGCCUUUUGCUUGUGAGUACUGUGGACAGAAAUUUAGCCAAAAGACGAAUUUAAACAGUCAUAUAAGAGUUCACACGGGACAGAAGACUUUUGCCUGUGAGCUCUGUGGACAAAGAUUUAGCCAAAAGACAAAUUUAAACAUUCACAUGAUAGUUCACACAGGACAGAAGCCCUUUGCUUGUGAGUUCUGUGGACAAGGAUUUAGGCAUAAGUCAAGUUUAAACAUUCACACAAGAGUCCACACGGGACAGACACCUUAUACCUGUGAGCUCUGUGGACAGAAAUUUGGCCGAAAGACACAUUUCAACAAACACAUGAAAGUCCACACAAGUCGCAAAGAACUAAUUUAACUACAACAGUACCUGAAGAGAUCCUUGUAGUUUUUACAUCCUAGAUAUUAGUCAUGUGCCCCUGGUGGCCGUCAUUUACCCUAGAACAGGAAGUGCCACAGACAUACGUAGACGUGACAUGGAGACACUGUCUAUUGGAGCUAGCGUAGCGGCAUGGCCACCAUCUUGAAUGGCUCCCUAUUCACGCCCAGGGCAUUUAUUUCUACUGAAAUACCUAACUAAAAAACUAAUUUUAUCAAGCUUUUUAACAAAAGCAGGCACAUGAUAUGGCAUGAUAAUUAAAAUAUAAUUAAAUAAAAUCAACAAAAUUAAAUUACAAAUUAAAAUCCUAAUAGGAAGGCUAGAAAAGUCAAUAGUAAUCCCAUGUGAUCUGUUUUCAGUAGUUAAGUAGUUGCAACCGUGGGCCACACAAAAUCGGGCAGAGUUACUCACUCUCUGCUUAUGGGGCAUUCACACUAGCAACGACUCUACUCCACCUGUACUGGGUAUGGAGCGUUCUCAUUUGGAUAGCCAGAGAUUUCCCCUUUUAGACCCUCUUUGCAAGGUGGUCUGCUUGGAGUCGAACAGGUCCAACACACCGACUGCUGACUGGUCGGCUCAAACUCACUUCUACCAUUAGGGAGGAGCCUCCGAUUGGUGGACAAAAUCAGUCUGCUUGGGCUUUCCACAUAUGCGAUUCAUUAUCAUGCUGGUUACUGAGGAGAGAA